UCCGGGGACAGCCCUCUCCUAUCUUCCGUCCUGCCUCGUUUUUCAUCCAAUACCGUCGUCGUCGCGCACGUCGCCCUCCUCCCUCCCGCCAACAUUCUCCCCUCCUCUCCACCAUGCUCGCCGUCCAGAAGCCGCCACUACAAACAUUCGCUGCGCCAAUGUUCCACCCCAACCACAGCCGACACCCUUCAGCGCCCGUCAUCGUACGGCCCACGCACACGCCGGGCCUCCUAUCCUUCUCAAAGCCUGCCCAGCCUGCUCCCCGACCACAGACCGCUUGCCAGCACCAGCGGUCGCAGCGCGCAUCGCCCAGAGGUAAACCUCAGCAGAGGUCGCCUCAACUGGCGCGAGCGCAGGCGUCCGACGACACUAAGAAAUCAUCAGGUGGAAGGCCCAAAGUGGACAGUGAGAAGGCCAGAUUGGAGCCUGCUGUGGUUAGGACACUCGAGAAGUCUUCCAGAGGCCGGCAGACGAGCAAAGCUGCCAAAGACAAGGCUCAGCAAAGGAGUGCUUCCUCAUCCGCGCAAGCCCUUGCGCGGCGACCUUUACAUCAAUCAUCACCUCCCCCAUCUACUAGGAUACCCUCGCGGGCAGAGGUGUCUUCCCAACGCUCGAUGAAGUCGUCUCAUCCAAGUGCAAACACUUCAGCAUCGGAGUUUGCCGAUCCUUUUGUUGUAGAUCAUUUGUCACACAGCGACAACGCCUCAGCAGAGCCAGCCAAAGCCGGCUCGAAGGGCUAUUCUUACCGCCCUCCUCCACCCCUUUCCCAGCCUGCUGGUAAACUCGCUCGUCGUCGUCAGACUACCCGUGCUUCAAGCACUCCGGCCUUGCACAAGACUUGCCAGCAGCGCAAAGACAGGGUUGCCGAGCUUGUGGGUGGUGUCGCCGACGUUGCCGUGUCUGCCAGUGCACCUAUCACUCCUCCGCGUCGUUCUAAGGUUCAUCGUAUUCCUGUUGCUGCAGAUUGGGAUGUGUUCCCGAUCUGUGACGAUUCGAGUGAUCUCACCGACGAGAGCGACGAGUCUCCGCCAUCCACUCCUCUCAGGGAGGCUGCCACUGUGCCGACGAAGAAGAAUCGCAAGCCGUGGCAACACGCUCAUCUCUUUGAUGACGCGCCGCGUACGGCUCCUCUAUCGUCGACAUUCGAGUUGUCGUUUGCCCCGAGCCCCACGUCCUCUCCGACGCCCGCUCAUCGCCGUCGCCACCAUCAACGGGCCCCCAGUGACGGUGUUUUCUUGAUGUCGACGGACGACGAGUCGUCUUCGUCGUCGGAUGUUUUCUCGUCGGUGUCGUUGGCAGUGCCUCGACAUAAGCUCGUGGUAGAGAUGCGGCCUGUGCGAGCACCGGCCCCGGAUGACGUACGUGCGUCUUCGGCCCCACAGCCAGGCUUCUUCGCAGGUUCGGUAUUCCAAAGCUCGCCAAGUCCCGAUGAGCUCCCGCCGCCAUCUUUCUGAUUGUAUUUGUAGACAUCGCAGAAUUCGUCAAGUGUAUAGCCUGGAUCUAUCGGGUCCCUUUAGAUGCUCUCAUUUAUCGCUGCAGCGACACUCCACUCUUCGCUGACCCGACUUUUAUCGUCGA